AUGAUUAUCCCCAGGCUUCUCCACCUCAUCCUUGUGAUCUGGUGCGCAUUCAGCGACGGGUAUGAUCUCAGCGAGCGAAAGCAACCUCAAGGUCGUCUGGGCAUAACGCUCGAUUACGGCCUUGCAAAGAGUUGGCCGCAAGGAAUCGAUGAUAGAGGCUCGGAUACUCAGCGGAACUGGUUUUAUAGCAGCCAUCUCACAUUCAAAGAGCCGGUUAGCACGAUCACCGACGGCCAACUUUGGCAAAUGGCGGCCGAUGCAUUGAGCGAGAUUCCCGGUGUUCUGUCCCAGUACGGCAUCUCCAGAAAGAAGGGCUUAUCCACAGUCAUGACGGUCCUCGCUUUUGGCAAUGAAAUCAUCCUAGCUUCUACGAAGAAGGGCGAUGAUAGUUUCACGUAUGAGUUUGGUGGUGGGAAUACCCCGGUUGCCAGGGCUCUCCAGCUCUGCCAGGCUGUUUGGAAGGAUAGAGCCAAUCUUGGUGAAGACGAUGUACUUCCCAUCCACAAAAAUCAGGGUCACUGUGGAGAGCCCAUGGCUGCACACCUGUACUAUGCUUCGCACACGACUCCUUUAGCCGAACAAAACGCAAGAGUUGCUACGAUUGUGUACAAGUCGCGAGCUCCACCAUGUGGUACCGGUGCGACGGUGAGUGCGGCUGGCUACCCCUCGAUUCGCGACUGCCGCGCCGCAGGACUGACAAAUUUGCGCUAG